AUGCCACUCGCCAUGGAGGCCUUUCACACAGACAAAGACCCCAAGUCAGGAGAUGGGGACGACCCGGCAACGGUUAAUCACAGCACUACCGACUUUGUCACGCUCGGGAUGCUGAUUCUCGACGACAUCGACUUUGGUCCCUCUAUGCCCCCCGCUCGCAGUAUUCUUGGCGGAGCCGGUGCUUACUCGGCGAUCGGGGCUCGCAUCCUUUCUCCUCCGCCUCUAUCAUCAUCGAUAGGAUGGGUUGUCGACCAAGGAUCCGACUUCCCACAGGCCCUGGCCUCCAUCAUCGACAGCUGGUCCACCGCCGCCCUUAUAAGACGAGAUCCCCGUCGGCUCACCACUCGUGGCUGGAACGGUUAUCAAGGCCCGGCUGAAAAGCGCGCCUUUGAGUACUUGACGCCCAAGAAGCGCAUUACGGCUGACGACCUCACCACAGACAUGCUUCUAUCUCGAGCCAUCACUCGCCCUGGCACUGCAUACGUCAAGCCGGUAUUCGUAUGGGAGCCCGUGCCCGACUUGUGCGUCCCGGACGAGCUUCUCAACUGCACAAACACAUUGCCUCUCAUCGACAUAUGCAGCCCCAACCACACCGAGCUGGCCGGCUUCAUGGGCAACGACGGCAUCGACCCCGAAACCGGCCUCGUUUCCACGUCAAGUGUCGAACGCGCAUGCGAGCAACUGCUGGCCAGCAUGCCACUCCGGUCUUACGCACUCGUCGUUCGUGCCGGUGAAAAGGGCUGCUUCGUCGCCAAAAAUGGUGGCCAACAGAGCGAACGCACCACGCAACCUUGCAGGGCCUGCCCGAGGGGGAGCUUGCAACACGAUACAGACAUCGAGGCACUCUUUGCCGGCCUCCGCACGGACGAGGACGGUCUGAUACAGCGCGACGAGAUCGAGGUCGACCCGGGCACUGAGUAUUGGAUCCCCGCCUACCACCAGGAUCCCGGCAAGGUUGUUGAUCCUACAGGGGGUGGCAACGCCUUUCUUGGCGGCCUGGCCGUGGCCUUGGCUCGAGGGCACUCGCUGGAAGACGCGGUUGCGAUGGGAUCUGUCGCAGCAAGCUUCGCCAUUGAACAGGUUGGCAUGCCCCUCAUGGCUAUCAAUGAAGACGGUGCCGAGACGUGGAAUGGUGCCCUUGUCUGUCGGCGAUUGCGAGAGUUCCAACUACAAUUAUGA